GUCUCAGUGGAUUCUGUCUCUAGGAGCUGCUUCAGUGUGACCUACGCUGGAGGCAGAAUGUGUUCCUACAAGCAGACAGAGAAACAGUCCUGCUCCAUCACAUUUCCUACAGAAGUUCAUGUUGAAAGGACAGAAACAUUCAGGGAUCAUUUCAAGCUGAACUGUAGCUCCAGCUGUUCUCUGACUGACCUUCAAACUUCCUUUCAGAUGUAUAAAAAAACACAAACUGGUCUAAAAAAAGUUGAUCAAAACACUUCAGUUUCCAGCACUACACCGGAGAGUUUCUUCUGUUCUGUGAAAGAUCUUAAUGACCUGCUGUCUGAUGAAGUUUGUGCUGAUGGAAGCAACAGCUGCUGGACUAUUAAUUAUGUGAGCAGGAGAAUCUGUGCCCUGAAAGGUUCAUCAGUGAACAUCUCCAGCAAAUACUCACAUCCUGAAUACCUGCAGCCACAGACUAAACACUGGUAUAAAGUUAAGAUGAAUACAAAGCAGGAAGAAGAACAGUUAAUGGAUGAUGGAGGUGACAUAAAGAACAAACACAUCCUCAGAUUAACCAACCUGGAUCAGAAAGAUUCAGGAGAAUACAAGUUGAGAAUAAAAGCAGAAAAUCAACUGAUACAGUCUGAUUAUCAUGGAGUUACUCUGAUUGUAACAGAGCUCCAGGUGGAUCUGAGACCUGCUGCAGAGGUGACUGAGGGUCAGAGAGUCACAUUAACCUGCAGCACCAGCUGCCCUCUCAGGGAAAACACAAUCUACAUUUGGUACCUGAACAGUCUGAGUCUGAGCAAAGCACAAAACAAACAGCUCAUUAUAGACGCAGUCAGCAUGCAGGAUGGAGGAAACUACUCCUGUGCUGUUGGAACCAUCAGAUCAGCUGGAAAGACUCUGAUUGUCCAAAGAAGAAAAGCAAACUGGAAACCAGCAGCUGCUGGAAUCUCUGCUGUUCUCGUGAUUCUGGCACCUCUUUGCAUUUUCUUGUAUAGCAGAAAAUGUAAGACUUCUCAGUCUUCUGGAAGUGAUUCUGUCAACAACAUGGACCAGAUAAAAAGUGAUCAUACAUACGAAGAGAUUCUAGCUCAACCAGCAGAAAUGGAACUUCAUUACAGCCAGUUAGCAACUGAGAAAUUAAAUCCUCUUUACUGCAGCAUCCAACAUCACCAAAAACAGGAGCAUGUUCCGUAUUCUGAGAUCAAAAUUAGCACAAAUACAAAUUCAGAUUAAAUAUUAUAUUGAUAAUAAAAUCAACAACCAGCUGUCAACUGUUUUUUUGUUUGUUUUUCACUUUUAAAAAUAUCAAAAGUUUGUUUCAGUGGAAAUCAGAGUUUUCUUGAUACUUCCCAUCCAAAUGUCAAAAGUUAAAAAAAUUAAAC